UCUUUACCAUAAUGUCUGAAGGUCCAUAUCGGCUUGGAUGGCGGCGGUGGACGACAACGAGAUACUCUUCGUCCGCGUGUACUGUCAAGUGAAUUUUUCCAAAAUAGAAAAAUGGAGCAAAUAUUGGUGAAUCUACUCAAGGGUGACAAUGCUACGAUACAAGAGGCAACUGCAGAACUUAAGAAUGCUCUUCAGAAUCCAGAUAAUAUAAUAGUUUUAUGCCAACUUCUAGCGACCUCACCGAAUUCAGAGAUAAGACAGUAUGCAGCUGUUAUACUCAAAAGACGAUGUAGUAAAGGAAAGAACUGGGCAAAAUUAUCUGAACCUGCACAUACCGAAAUUAAGAAAAUGAUUUUAGAGGCUUUAAAGAAUGAAUCAGUAAAGUUGGUUAGAACUAAUAUAGCUCAGUUAAUAGGUGUUAUUGUUAAGCAUGAAUUACCUAAAAAUAGUUGGCCAGAAAUUAUAUAUUAUGUACAGCAAUUAGUCACUAAUGAUAACAUACAAAAUCAAGAGUUAGGUCUUUAUACUUUAUCGAUUAUGACAGAAACUGCGCCAGAUGCCUACAAUACACACGCUAAAUCUUUGAUACUGGUCCUUGCUCAGACAUUGACUCAUCUUCAUGAUUUAGAACAGCCAGUUGCUGUUUACACUUUGAACACUUUGAGACAUCUUAUUCCUAUAGUUAAACAUGAUGAAACUCUGAUACACAUUUAUGUCAAUCUGAUGCCUCGUAUAAUGGUCACAAUUCAGACUCUAACUGAAGCACAUCACGAAGACAUGGCCGUUCAAAGCUUUGAGUUGCUGGAUGAAUUGUGUGAGAAUGUAAUUGCUGUGAUAACGCCUCAUGUCAAAUCUCUUGUCAACAUGUGCCUUGCAAUCGUCGCUAAUAAAUCUGUAGAUUCUCUCGUAAAAGUUAGGGCAAUUAAUUUUAUUGGCUGGCUAGCGAGAAUUAAAAAAAAGGCUCUUGUGAAGCAUAAAUUAGUAGAACCUAUCGUCGAUAUGUUAUUCGUAGUUAUGUUGCUUCGACCGGAUAAUGAUAGUGACGAUGAUUAUAAUAACACAGAAAGCGAUAAUACUCUUUUAACAAGUAGUACUCAAACCUUAGAUUUGCUCUCAUUGCACUUGCCGCCAGAAAAAUUACUUCCACAUUUGUUGCGACAUAUCGAACCUGGAUUUCAAAGCACAGACAUAUACAUGAAAAGAGCGUCGUAUGUAGCGAUAGCUGUAAUAUCGGAAGGUUGCGCCGAGUAUAUUCGUUCAAACUAUCUUGAAUUCUUCCUACGAUGCAUCUGUCAAGGAAUUGCCGAUCCUUCAGCGAUAGUACGAAAUGCCGCGCUUUAUGCCUUAGGACAAUUUUCCGAACACUUGCAACCGGAGAUUUCGCAAUACUCGUCCGAAUUGUUACCCGUAUUAUUCGAUUACCUGAACCAAGUCUGUUUGUAUAUUAAGCAAGAGAAAAAGGAACCGCAUGCGGUUGGACGUAUGUUUUACGCUCUUGAGAUGUUCUGCGAAAAUUUGCACGAGAGCAUCCUGCCGUAUUUACCCAAGCUUAUGGAAAGGUUACUGAAUAUUUUGAACUCUGAUACAUCGCCAAAUGUAAAAGAAUUCACUUUAAGUGCUAUAGGCGCCGCCGCGUGCGCCAGCAAAGAGCAUAUGCAACCAUAUUUUGCGACAAUCAUCAAAAUUAUCGAUGAAUACCUUGUCGCGGAACCGACUGCGGAAAACACGUAUCUUAAAGUUCAAGCAAUUGAUACUCUCGGAGUAAUUGCUAGGUCACUAGGCGAAAAGAAUAUUAUGCCAUUAGCGGCUACCUUCCUCGAUCUUGGAAUAAAAUUGCUAAGAAAAACGGAGGAACCAGACACACGAAAAUCUCUUUACGGACUGUUUGCCGCUAUUAGCACAGUAGUGAAGAAAGAUAUGGCUGUGGUCUUACCCGAACUUAUCGAGUACAUGAUAAUGAGUAUAAGGAGUUCAGACGGAAUUUUGAUGCACUUCAAGGAUGAGGCCAAUGCACUUACAAUUUAUGAUGAUCUCAGCGAAACUGAGAAUGAGGAACAAGAGGAAAACAUUGAUCAUACCGAUAAUGAAGAAGAUGAUGACGAUGUCCAAGGUUACAGUGUUGAAAAUGCUUAUAUGGAAGAAAAAGAAGAAAGCGUUAUAGCCUUGAAGGAAAUCGCCGAAUACACAGAAGAGGCGUUUGCGCCGUAUCUCGAAAGUUGUUUUGAGGAGAUUUAUAAGUUGAUUAAUUAUCCCCAGGAAGACAUACGUAAAGCGAGUAUAGAGGCUUUGUUACAAUUUUGCAUUAAUUUCUCGAAAGUUAAUACCGCCGAUGGUAAGAAAACAUUAUUGAAGGCUCUGUCCAUGUUUAUCCCAAAAUUGUCGGAAUUGAUAAGAUUGGAUGAAGAAAGGACGGUCGCCAUUUGCGGUUUAGAGGCAUAUCAGAAACUUUUAAGAGAAAUCAAAUCAGAUGUUGUCCUUGAUGUGGGUCACAAAGAAGCUAUUGUGAAUUGCGCAAUUGAAGUGUUAACAGGCAAGACAGCAUGUCAAGACGAAGAUGAAGUUGAAGACGCUGAUAUUGAAGCAGAACAAGACGAAUUAUUGGCAGAAUGUGCGGGAACUGUAUUGUCUAAUUUAGGAAAAGUGAUUUCACCAGAAGACUUUUCGCUCUACUUUCAGACUGCGUUGCCUCAUCUUUUAAAAAGACUGAAAAUGGACAAUUCCGAGGCACAGAGAUCUUUCGCUGUUGGUACAAUCGCGGAAUGCUUCCCAGGACUUAAACAUAUGACGGCUGUGUAUGUUGACCAAUUACUUCCAACUCUUCUACAAGUUGGAGCCCAAGAUCCUUGCGGUGAAGUUCGAAGUAAUUGCUUCUUCGGAAUUGGUGAACUAAUUUUUUACGGAAAGGAAACGGUUUAUAUACAUUAUCCUCGAAUUCUAACAUCACUGUCGUGUGCCAUUGCAAAAGAAAUGGAUGCAGCCGCACGUGAUAAUGUUGUCGGAGCGAUUGCACGACUUAUUAUCACAAAUUAUGCAGCUUUACCGCUCGAGCAAGUAUUUCCAGUUUUUGUUCAACAGUUACCUUUGAAAGCAGACUUUCAGGAGCAUAAAGCUGUAUUCAAAAGUAUUCUUAUAUUGUAUCAAGCCGGACUUGCUAUUCUACAGUCUCAUAUCCAUACAUUGUUGAAAGUUGCAAUUGUCAUAUUACACGAAGACAAGGCUAUGGAUGAUGAAGCACGAAAUCUCAUCAUGGAAUUUAUAAAAUCUGCUCAACGAGAUUUUGUAAGUGAUUGGAAUGCAGUUUUCACCGAAUUGCCUCCAGAAGUUGUCGUGAAAAUUCAGUGCAUAUUUUCUUAAUUUAAACGGUUAAUGUUGCAAUUUAAGAUUGUAUUAGUUAAAAUAUCGAAAUUGAAAUAUAAGAUAACAGAUAAAUUCAA